AUGGUGAAGGAAAAAAACAACGCUUCUGGCAAGAAACUGGUCGAACAUGACGAUCAACUGCGGUGGAUCAGCGUGAACGGACGCAGAACUAUUAACCCAGAAAAAACGCUUUUUUACCCGACAAAUAAAACGGGGUUUAGGCUACGACGACGGCCGCUGAACUGUUGCCUGUUGUCCGUUGGCUUAAGACGAUUUGGCGGUGCCAUCCACGGUCGAAUGCCCGCGAGCAAACGAUGGCUUAGUUUUAACCGCCACGUUAAGUCGUCGUACGGCAUCUUAGUGGUCACCUGUAGCCUCGCUGGCGAGUUUACGUAGUCACAGGCGAACACACCGACGGGACCGGACUUUUCUGAUGCUCAGGUUACCAGAAGCGCACGUGACAACCAAAAACUGCUGCAUGACCACUUUUUCCGCACUAAACUGUGUGUGCGCGAGCACGAUUACUUGCUGCUGCUCACUAUGCAUGAAAGUUUACGAGCGACGGUUUUGUCCGGUGGUCCGUGGUCGCUUAAGCCAGUGUCCAAUCACCGAGCGCCUCAUUCAAUUAUACCCGCCUGCGCUUCCGCUGAUUGGAUAGAGGAUAUCGGCCCUGAGGGUGCAGCGCGACUCAGCGGCCGGUGUUACGGUUCUCAACGGAAUUCUAUUGUCUGUUCCCUGUGCGGUCACUGUCUGCCGCGAGACAUGAUCUGUUCGUCGGUCCUUAAGUCAUUGCCAUCGUUUCCUUCAGUAAAUAGACGAUCAUUGGUGACAUCUCAGAAAGCAGCUAACUUUCGCUCUUUCUUCGAUACGCUGUCGAAGUUGUCGAUCCCAUUUCGUCCGCCCAGCACAACAGCUGUACAUCUGGUCAUGGCAACAACGACAACAAUGAAAACGACGGAUAACUAA